AUGUCCCUCUUGUCAACAGGACUGGGAAUACUGAUUUUCACUCUCAUAUUCAUUAAAUUAGUACCCAUACUAGUAUUAUGUGUAUUGAGCAGCUUCGUUCCCUUACUUGGCCUUGUGUGGCUCAGUUUAAAGGUACGCAGGCCAUCCUGGAAUUCACCCCAACAUGACAAUCUUGCACUCAGAUUCCCAAGAUUCAAAUUUAUAACCCAAUUGAAUGACCCUAAGCCUCAAGAUACCUUUAGAACCAUCCAAAGUGGUGAUGUGCAAGCAAAGUUUGAUCUUCUGUUUGAUUCAAUAAUAAGGGAUUUUGUUCUCUCAUGGCACAAGAACAUAACUCAAGAUUCUAGUUUCCCUGAACAUUUGAAAAUUUACAUGACCGAAGUCGUUCUUGAACUAGAAGAGAGACUCAGAGAUACAAAUUUUACCAGAUUGGUCGUCUUGAAGCUGUUGCCGAUUGUAGUCAAGCAUUACGAUGGAUUUCUAGGAACAAAUACAACUGUCCAUCCGGCAUCAUCUUCAAGAGAAGACACAACGAGACAUUUGAAUAAACUAGUCGAUAGACUUGUUUGGAUCUUACUGCCAAAUCAGGAAUCAAAGUCUCGCAUUGUACGGAUCAUAGUAAGAGAGAUUCUUACCACUUGGGUUAUAUCUCCCAUAACAUGUAUGCUAUCGGAUCCAGACUAUUAUAACCAGAAGAUAGUUCAGUUUACCUCAGUCUGGGUCGAGGAUAACGAUCAUAUUCAACAGUUUCGAUCAAUUUUAAAUCAGCAGGUCAAGGGAUCAACCGUAAAACACAGAAAAGAUCUAAAGGACGAGAAAUACCAGCUACUGAGACAAAGGAUCUUAGAAUGUGAAUCUAAAGAUCAGUUAGACCGCUAUAAGGCCUAUCUCUCCAAGUCAAAGCUUGAAUCUCACAAGGUGGAGUUGCUGAAAGAACUAGUCGACUCAUUAAUGGAGAAGUACAAAGAUACUGAUCAGCUAUCAGAUGUGUUGUUUAAUCCAGAUUCCUUCCAAAAGUUCAAAGCUUUCAUGGAGCAGAGGAAUAACGUUGAAGUGUUGAACUUUUGGUACGAUGUGAAUCAGAUCAAAGACCCACUGGAAAGUGUAGCCACUUUUUCCAGUCUAAGUAAGUCUUCAUUAGUUGACUUUGGAGACAAGAAAGUUAACGAAGUUAAGAGCUUAUUUAAUUCGUACCUCAACCACCAGAUACUGGAAGCUGAUAGUGAGAUUUUUGCCAAUGUACAACAGUUUGUCAACUCUCGUCACCCCACAGAGCAAGUUUAUAGAAAUGCAAGGCUUUCCAUGCUACAAUUACAGGAUCAAGUCUACGAAGAAAUGAAUCAAACUGACUUUGAAUUGUUUAAACAGUCCAGAUAUUUCAAUUUAGUCAAGGAACACGAAGUGGAGAAACAAGAAGACGGAUUUGGAGACCCCCUAAAAAAUUACGAAGAAGACGACGACGACGACGAGCGCAUUGAUUCGGAGGACGAUUCCUUUGUUAGUGAAAAUGUUCUAAAAGCUGUUGAAGAUGCCCUGAACGAGAUAGUACAUGAUAGAAACCCUUUGGAAAACUCAAGAGCUUCACCUUUUCCACCACAUGUUCAGAACGACGAUUCAAGGUCGGGUACGAGAUCACCAAUGAAAAAUAGUGCCUUGUUUGGCCUGUUGGGCGACAAAUUUUUUCAAGAGGAAGAAAAGAAAACCGAAAUUAGUGAUACAGAGAGUAUAUUAUCGGUAGUUCCUGAUACUAACUUGACCAUGGCUGCUCCGAAAGACUUGAAUCUUUCCGAGGAAAUCACAAAGCUCUCCAACGAAAUUAUCAAUUUAGAAAAUCAAUUGGAUGUUUUGUUACCACUGUUGAGAAAAGCAGAAGUAACGAAUAAUUCCAACGAGCUUAGAAUUUUAAGGAAGUCAAAAGAAGUGUUGGAAAGAGAGAUACAGUUCAAGUCUUUGCAAAAACAACAAUACAUCGUGCAAGAGAGUGACAAUAGUUUAUAUGCUAAAUCACGAAUCCGUAUUAGUUCCUUCAUAGAUGCUGAGGAAGAAGGAAAGUCUUUCACGUUGUACAUAAUAGAAGUUCAGAAAGUGGACGACAACAACAUUGUUACGGCUGGAUGGAUAGUGGCUCGGCGAUUUAGCCAUUUUUUCAAGCUCAAUGAAUACCUGAAGGAACAAUACCCGCAGCAACUAGCAUUUGUACAUUUACCAAAAAGGAAGGUGGUGAUGAAGUAUAAGUUGAAAUCUCUGGCUGAAGAACGAAUGGUUCAACUAGAAGAUUAUUUGCAGAAACUGAUAAGUAUUUCCCAGGUUUGCGAUGAUCGUAAUUUCAAAAUGUUCCUUUCAUCUGACAUAUUCGAAUUUUACCAAGAAAAAAAGUAUGACAAGUUUGGAAGAGGAUUAUUGUCAGGGAAAUUCCUGAUGCCUAUUCCAUCGUUCAAAGGUUAUUCAAAGAAAUCGGUUGAUCUCCAUAAUAAAGAAUUUGAGGAAAAAGUCAGAGAAAUGCAACAGGAGUUGACCACGUUCAACGAAUCAUCUUUGAGAACAGGUGAUACACCUUUUGUUAAACCCAUCUGCGAUCUUUUGAUUAGUCUUUUCUCCACUCAGAAAUCCAAUUCUUGGAUCAAAGGACGGGCUAUGCUUAUUGUGCUGCAGCAGCUUUUGGGAUCUACCAUUGAAAGGAAAUGUGAUGAGUACCUGGAAUUCUACAUCAAAAAUGAGACUUUUGUUUGCAAUGCUCUGGAUACACUGUAUUCGAAUUUAUGGCCAGAUGGAGGCCCUUUCAGGAAAUCGGUUGAGAGAAGUCCUGAAGUCAAGAGUAGGACCAAACAUGAGGCGGAAAAAUUAAUUGAUAAGAUGUUUGUGGGCACUUUUGCCAAAGUGUUUGGGGAGACGAACUCUUCUUACGCCGGUAAGAAUGUAUUCCGUUUACUACAAAAUCAAACUCUCAACACUAGUCUUGUCUUGAAUCUUUUAGACGAGAUCACAUUGGAAGUUUUUCGAUCCGAUUUAAACAAUCGCUUCGAAUGA